GUUUAUCUCCUAACCCUGCGAAAGAACCAAAAAAAGAAAAAAGGAAUAAAAUUAGGAAGAAGAGAAAUUUUUGGGGUUUGCAUAUAAAAAAGAUCUUUAGGGGUUUGGUUAAAAUUAUUACAUAUAUUGAGGAUAGAAAGAUUGGGGAGUUUGUUGUAUAUAGAACAAUGGCGUUGAAUUUUUCCCAUCGGCCGAUCUUUCCUGCUCAUUUGACUGAAGAUAAUCUGGUUUCUCCUAUGAGGAUUGCAAAUGGAUACCUUGUCGAAGGUAUUCCAGAGAAGAAUGGAGAUGGGUUUUCGAAAUCAUGGCAUUUGAACUGUGAGGUGGAAGAUUGCUUUGAUUAUGGAAGGGAUAGGAGUGGUGAACGAUGUGGUUCUCAGGAGUCUGUUUCUAAUGACAUUCUUGAUCUUUUGCCAUCGGAUCCUUUUGGAAUGGAUAUCACCACUACUUUCACUGCGAUUACUGGUUGGCUGGAGGAUUUGGAAGUUGAUUAUGGCCGUUAUGUGAGAGAUGAGGUGGGGACUGGUGAUGGGAGUUAUCAGUUGUUUGCGGGAUUGAAUUUUAUUUGGAACAAUGCCAUGAGGUUCCAAACAUUCCCUGGAAGCAUGGGGUUUGAAUGUAAAGGUAGUGUUUCUGGUGGAUUUGGUGGGUGUUCUCAGGUGAAGGAAGGAGAGCAUGUGCCUGGUGGUGCUGGUCUUGGAUCGGCUUGUAAUGUAGAGGACAUUUUUGCUUUUGGGAAUGAAGAUUUGGUUUCUGUUGAUCAGGAAAAUGAAGAAUUUCAAGAUUGUGAGGUUUGUUCUGAUGGAGAUGAAGGAGCUCCUCAUGAAGCUUUGAUUUUGGCCCUCGGUUAUCUGGGUGUACGGGAUCUUUUUGCUGUUGAAAAGGUCUGCACAUCUCUCCGAUAUACAGUUCAGAAUGAUCCCCUUUUGUGGAGGAGUAUUCACAUAGAUCAGCCACUGAAUGAGAAGAUUACUGAUGAUGUUCUUUUGCAAAUAACUAGUAGGGCUCAAGGUAGCUUGCAAUGCUUGAGCCUGGUAGAUUGCCAAAGGAUUACUGAUGAGGGCCUAAAGCAUGUGGUUGAAAAUAAUCCAAAACUAAUAAAGCUGAGUGUACCUGGAUGUACAAGAUUAAGUAUUGAAGGUAUUUUGAAUAGCCUGAAGGCUUUGAAGUCUAUGGGCACACAAGGGGUGAAGCAUUUGAGGAUUGCUGGUGUCUAUGGGGUGACACCGAAGCAUUUUGAGGAGCUGAAGUUCCUGUUGGGCAUGGACAACCAGAUUCAGCAGAUUGUGCACAAGCCGCAUUUUUAUAACAGAGGAAAUUUCUAUCUCUCUUGUGAUGAUGAUCGUGCCAUUGAUAUUGAAAUGUGCCCAAGAUGCCAUAACAUGAGGCUUGUUUAUGAUUGUCCUGCGGAGGGUUGUCAGCAGAAAGAGCAUGCUGCACAGUUAUGCAGGGCAUGCACUCUUUGCAUAGCACGGUGUGUUCAGUGUGGUCGGUGCAUUAAUGACAGUGAGUAUGAGGAAACCUUUUGUCUGGAGUUGCUUUGUUCAGAUUGUUGGAAGCUACAACUGGUGAAGUGCCAGGAGAAGCAGAAUGGGAUGAUUGGCCCAUCAAACUUACCUGCUCUCCAACAGACUGGCAACCUCAAUCUCCAUGGCUAGACUGAAUUGUUUACACAUUUUCUGGUUUCUAAACAUGGUUAAGAUGUUGCGUUUGUGAUAAUUCAAGGCAGCCGGACAGCGAUGCAAAGAUUAUGGUACCAUUUUAUCUUUGUUAUUGCCUUUUUAAUCUGCUAACAGUUUAAAUUUGGGUGAGCCAUAUGGUCCUCUUGAGCCAAGGUUUGGUGAUUUUUGGAGAAAAGCGGGAAAAGAAGAUAAAAAUCUUGGGCUGCAUGUGUUGUCCAAGAUGAAUAAUCUUUUUUCUGUGGUUUCUAUAGUUGGGCAUUGUCACUUGGUUGACAUAUUUGUGUUUGCUUGUGGAUGGUCAAUGCUGAAGUUGGGUGUGACAUGACCUUGUGUAAUUAUGUGCUGUCAAGAGUAGGGUGGAAAGUGUGAGUCGUCAACUUGAACUUUUGGCCUCUCUGUUGCUGGAGGAAUUUGCUGUGAUCCAUCAUGUUGCAAGGCAGGCCAUGCUUCAAGGAUUAUCUCACAUGGUUCUGAGUGGGGUCUGUUUACGGCACCUUUCCACUCUGAGUUGGGAAAUCUAGGCAGCUGUAUGCAAUAUUUGUUCCCUGGAUCCUGGCUUGUUUCUUUAAUAAUUGGAAUUUAUCUUUAUAUUCCACCAUGUGAUUGGAAUUAGGAACGAUACAAUGGUACUUGUUUCUUCCUUGGUUAUGAGGAAGACAUAUUCUAUUGUUUGAUGUAAAAUUUAGACGUUUGCUUCCCCUUAACAUGUUGGAGUGUAUUGGGCAUCACAGAAUAGUGUGCUGCCCAAAUGUAAGAUGUGAAGUGGGAUGUUGUAAAAUAAAAGGUUUACUUAAGCAUCUAUUGCGUUUUCUACAA